UUCAACACUGCAAGUGAGCGUGUUUAUGCCGGUGCCGCCAAUAGUUAUCUGUUUUCCUUAAACUUUUGUGUAAUUUAAUAAGAUCUGCAAGAUGCCCACUUCGAAACUGCAUGCCAACAUGAGCUACCGGGAGGUCAUCCCAAAGAACCUCAGUCCGCCGGAGUGGAUCGAAGUGAAGAUAAACACGGGAAACCAGAGCACUCUGCAGGAUCUGAAGACCUCCGAAACAUCCGGCGGAUACUGCUACAAAAGCAGAAAGAACGUUCAGACCAGGAACCGCUUUAUAUAUUGGCGCGCCAACCAGGAUGUGCUGGAACUAUCGGAGGUCAGCUUGGACAUCUCGCUGCAAAGAAAUCACCUGCGCCUGCGAUUCACCGACUCCGCCGUACUGAAUGUUUCCCUCACGGAGCAGACCAAGUCCAUUACCCUGCUCGUGGUCACGGUCAGCAGUGUGCAUCGUUUUGUUUUCCCCCUGAAGAUCGCUGGUCAGGAUGUGACCAACAGUUCUCCCGAGGAUCUGUUGUCCCAAUCUAUUUUCUACGACGUGAAUGAGAAGAUUAAUGGGCCGGGCACUUUCUAUGUGACGGAUGGCUUUGGAACGAUGCCCAAUGUGGCGGUUUCGUAUCUCUCACAAAAUGCACAGGCGGCCUACUUUGCGGUGGCCUACCAAAACAAACUGCUGCUUCACAUCAUGAACUGCGUCACCGGUAACACGGUUACCCACGAAGUCAAGGAGCCACAUCUGAUGCCUCGUUUCCUAUCGAAUCUCAAGGGGGCCCUUACUGGCCGAUCGGAAACGCUGGAGGCAGCUACAUCAAUGGCAUUCAGCGAAAUUGAAGAAGAUGUUUAUAUUUUGGUCCUGUACCGUAAUAAUGAACUGCGUUUGUGGUCGGUGGAUGGCCUGCAGACACUAGCCAGCAUAAAUUGCUCCACCGGAUCGGGGCCUGGAGGCGUAGGAGCUCAGGGCCCCCAAAACAACCAGCUACGCAAGAUAAGCGAAGAAAACUUCUGUCUUUUCCUGUCCCAUGGUGCUCAAUCGGAGUUUAUUUGCGUGAGCAUCGUGGCCGAUGCCAACGAAGCCAGCGGUAUCAAUUUGGUGCAGAACUCGGUGGCGGCGCCCCAAAUGGAUCUUGUCGACUUUGAUGCAACAUCGUCGCACAUCUGGGCCCUCUGGAGCAACGCCGAAGGAGAUUUCCAUGUCUCUGCAAUUUACUUAGGAUCAAAUAACGCAAUCAAAUGGGUGUCCGCUGCUCUAGAACCCCCACCAGAUCGCUAUUGUCUCAGCAUGGAGCAGGGAGUCGAUCCCCGCGAGACUUACUGCUCAUACAUUUUUCACCCAGGUCGGUUUGACCGAAAUGUGAUUGCAAAGGCACUUUAUAUGUUCAGGCGGGUUAACAUGCAAUUCGAUGUAAAGCAGCUUUCCAUGUCAGUGCUUAAAGAGCAGGUGUGUCAGGCCGUCGAGGAUGAAAUCCAGAACGAACUGAAAGACUUUGUGGUCACCGACGAGGAGUACUUGGAAAUAUCCACGCGUCUGUGGGAUCGCUUUUACUCGUGCUGCGAACAGUAUCACAUUAAGUUCUCCGAGCCCACAGGACUCGCGGUCCUCGGUGGCAUGGAUGCAGUCUGUUUGGUUAGGAGGCAAUCCUUUGCACUUCUGCGCCCCUGCGAAGUGCUCGAGCACCUAUUGCUCAUUGGGGAGCACAAUGAGGAAGUCGCCACCUACGUAGCCCCACUGUUUCGCAACGAUCCCGAAAUGGCAAAGGGUUUUGUUGACCUCAUGAAUGUGGUGACGCUGCUGGACAAGCUGAUCUCGGAAGACAUCAAAAUCGAUUUAGAUAAACAGCUCUACCAGCGGGACCCGCCCAUCGAGGUGAUAUCUAAGCUGGUGGCUAGAAUCACUGUGGGCGAUGAUAAUGGCCCUAUGUUACCAUCGAACUGUGUGAAGCAAAUUCACCAGAAGCUGCAGGAUAUACCAAACCUUAAACCCGCUCUGGAAAUGCUACUCGAUGUGCUGUGUAUGAUUGAUCCGGAUGCACCUCCGCAUGAUUAUUCCCUUUCCACACGCUUUUUGCAGCCAUCAGGAGCUCUAUUGGGCAGCGAGUAUGGGCUUUCCAUUUUGUCCGAAACAGUUAAACAAAUGGCAAUGAUUCGAUUUUCGGUGUGUCGAAACCUUUUGGUAUUGCAGUACAUGGUAUAUGGCCAGGAUGGAAUGGACAGUGAUAACAUUUUAACGAACAUCAGUUAUCUGAACUCAUAUUACACAUUAGUGUGGAUUGCCGAGACGCCCAUUUCAUCAAAUACCCCAGCUGGAUUUGAGGCCUCCAUUCAACGAUUGAGCCGAGCCCAACUGUUUAGUGGCUACACACGUCCAUAUUCCAGUCAUUUGCGAAAUCAUGGUAAUGACCAGACCACCUUGCUUAGGCUGUUCCUCCAAUCUAAGGGUCUGUUCAGCGCCCUUUCCAUGUUGCUGAAGACUGAUAGUAUGCAGCUGGAGUCGGAGCAAUUGAACCUUCGCCAGACUUUGCUCCAGCUUGUGGGAUUUAUCAAUAAGAUGCUAUGGCCUGAGUCUCCUAUUUACGUGUUUCCGGAAUGGCUGUUUGGCACCUGCCACCAUAUCAUUGUGCAGGACUAUGUGCGCAUUUUGUCCAGCUGGUGUUCUGUAAAAGCCCAUGCCAGACGCUUUAUGCUAGCGGUUUCGCUGUUGGAUUGCGGUGAGGCCCACAAGGCCGUGCAUCUUUUUCAACAAACAGCGCCGGGCGUUGUGGAGGAUGACUUCCUCUUUGAGCACGUAUUGAAGAACACACCGCUGUACAGCAAACUACAGGAGAGCGUAUCACGAGGAGACAAAAUUUCCGCUGAGGACAAAAAAGUGGCAAUUGUUCACUACUAUCUGAAGAUUAUUCAGCUCUUUGAGCAGCAUUCCGCCCUGGACUACGUCAUUGAAUUAGCCCAUAUGGCCAUGAGUGUGUUGCAGCGUGAUGAUCCUCAGUUGCCCAUGUUCCAAUCGAUCGUGUUCAACAAUCAUCUUCAGUUGGGGCACUAUGAGGAGGCCUAUUACGCCUUAGUCUACAAUGCCGACACUUCAAGGCGAAAGGAUUGUCUUCGUCAGUUGGUCAUAACGUUGUUCCAGAACAAAUGCCUGCCCCUGCUCAUGCAGUUUCCAUAUAGUGGAUUGCAGGACGAAUUCGAAAGCAUUGUAGAAUCCCGCGCACGGUCAAUGAGCAUCGAUCAGAACGACGUCUAUAACUUUUUGUACGCAUUCCAUACAAACAAGGGAAAUAUGAGAAAAGCUGCUACAGUUAUGUACGAGCAGGCGAUGCGCUUUCAAGUAGACAGUGAUGCCCCAAACGCGCUGGAAAAGCGGUGCUCUUCGCUCUUGAUUUGCCUGAACUGUUUGCACUUGGUAGACAUCCGCUACAGGUGGAUUGCCAAGCCCACUAUUGGCGACGAAAGGGUGGCUGCCAUAGAUCAGGAUAAUGACGAUGGUGAGCCAAAGGCGGAUGAGGAUAAAAAUGGCCCGGAGGUGGUUGUUCUAGAGCUAGGCGAUAUCCGAAGGGAACUGGUGCAUGCGGAGGCCUUACAUGAGCUCUCACACUAUCGCAAAGAUGCCGCUGCCUAUGAGCGAGCUUCGCCAGAGGAGUUAUCUUAUCUGCUGGCCAGCUGUGGGUUGUACACGGCCGCUCUGAAACUUUCGCGUGGCCACUCCUUCUCUGUGCUCCCGAUAUUCGAAAGUCUAACAGUGGCUUGUGUCACUGCCACAGAGGACAAGAGCGUGGAUGCCUGGAAUUGGCUGCAAAACAACGAUAUGGCAGAUCUUCCUCAUCGAAGUAAUGCUGCCGAUAUGGCCUGGACUUUGCUUCAGAAACUGGUUGUGGAUAAUGAGGCAAAGGACUCAACUUCAAUAAGGAAGAGCGUGGUUCAAAGGCUCCUCGUCCUGAAUGCAUUUGUGCCGCAAUGGCUGAUAGAUUCCUACAAGUUAUCCCAUUCCCGGGAGCUACUCCAACUGUUUGUUAAGCAUAACCGCCUGCUGGAAGCCGCCGAUCUGGGCUGUGAAAUGAUCGCCGGCAUGCUGGGAGCCGGCAGCGAAUACUUCGACUUUAAGCAUUCGGUUAACGUAACAAACCCCCAACUCUCCUUCCCCAUCAACACGAUCGAUCUGCUGCUCCACGCACUUAAGAUUAAUGGCAAGGAGGACAUUGAAUAUGAAAUGGCGUAUGUCAAACUGGAGGAAGAGGUCCACAGGUAUGUCGAUACCGUGAAGCGUACCACCGAGGACAAGAUAAGUUUGGCCAUUCUGCAAAAUCGAGAGGAACGACAGCAGCAACUACUUCAUUAGAUUGUUUUAUUCAAUUUAUUUGAUAAGUUUUUGGAAUUAAAUCCUAACAUUUUUGUGAA